CACAAGCGGGCUGUUUCUUGUUUCAUUGUAGAAAAACGCCGGCAGAGGUGUCAUUAUCCCGUCUUGGUGUGUGGAGGAGUGCACCGAUUAUCUACGAGUGUUUGCAAGGCGGCCACUCGACGCAUCAUGCAGCAGCUGGGGAACAGCAGCCCGUCGCCGGCCGGCUCCGGCUCCGGCUCCGGCUCCGGCUCCAGCUCCGGCGCAGCGCCGCUCGACAAGGACCAGCACGUGAAGCGGCCGAUGAACGCCUUCAUGGUGUGGUCGCGCAUGCAGCGGCGGCGCAUCGCCCAGGACAACCCCAAGCUGCACAACUCUGAGAUCUCCAAGCAGCUCGGCGCCCAGUGGAAGGUGCUCUCGGAGACCGAGAAGCGGCCCUUCAUCGACGAGGCGAAGCGGAUUCGCGCGCAGCACAUGCAGGACCACCCGGACUACAAGUACCGGCCGCGCCGCAAGCCCAAGCCCAUGAAGAAGAACGAGCCGUUCCCGUAUCCGUACCCACACGUCACCAUCGAGCCGGUGCGGGGUCACGCAGGAUUCCCCGGUGCCAUGUCAUCAUACUACGGCAACGGCUACAACCCCUUCGCGGCGGCGCACAUGGCGGCAGCGGCGGCAGCUGCGGCGGCGCAAACGGCGCAGGCGACGUCCAGCUACUCGAUGCCGUACAACCCGGCGUACUCGACGCUGGCGCCAUCUCUGGGCGGCGUGUCGCAGCCGACCUACACCAGCGCCACCUCCGCGCUCAAGUACGAGCAGCGGCUGGCCGAGUACCAGCGCAGCUCCCCGGAGCACGUCAAGUACGCCGAGCCGGCCAAGCCGGAGCCGCGCGGCUACGGCCUGGGCGAGACGUUCCGGCCGUUCGAGGUGAAGCAGGAGGCGAGCCGCUCGCCGGAGCCGGCGCCGGCGCCGCAGGCAGGCCUCCUCGGCUACUCGAACGAGGCGCUGUCGGGCCUGUACUCCCAGCAGCAGGGCUACCCGUACGCCGGCCUGCAGCAGAGCCACGCGGCGCCGGCGGCCGUGCAGCAGCCCGGCUACCCGGCCGCGUACGCCGCCUCGGCCGCCGGCGAGUACCGCAGGCCGCUGUCCGUCAUAUUCUGAGCGGAGGAUGGGGACUGGCUGUCAUGCUCUGAGCGGGGGCUGGGGGCUGACUCAUGCCCUGAGCGGAGGAUGGGGGCUGACUGUCAUGCUCUGAGCGGAGGAUGGGGCUGACUGUCAUGCUCUGAGCAGAAGCUGGUGGCAGCCUGUCCUUCUGAACGGGACCGGGAGAACAUCUUCUUGGGCAGACUGAAGUGUCACAGGAAACGCUGACCAGAGGACUAGGGCCGCUAGGGCCGGAAUGUGGCGGUGCAUCAAGCAUGGCAAGAACGUGCAAGAAGGAGAAAAUGAGGCCGCAAGCAUAACAAUGUGAUGUUUCUAGAUCCAAAAGGGCACCUUGACCUGUCCGCUGUUGUUUUCUAUUGCAAAAACAUCGGUAGCUCCAGCGCGGACUCAAAAUUGGGUGGGAUAUCAACGUGUUUAGUGUAUUUCUUUCCAUGCAACGCUCAUGCGCU